AUGUAUAACAACAACAUGGGACCACAGCCUGGGAUGCCAAUGCCUCAGGCAGUUCCUCAGCCUAACCCUUUCGGCAAUGCCUUCUCUGGACCUGGCUCUGGCCUUAUUCGAAGUAGCUUGGGUGCUUAUGGUGAGAAAAUAUUCGGAUCCAGCUCUGAGUAUGUGCAGAGCAAUAUAACUCGUUUCUUCUCUGAUCCACAAUACUAUUUUCAAGUGAAUGACCAAUAUGUGAGGAACAAGUUGAAGGUUGUUCUUCUUCCUUUCCUUCACAGGGGACACUGGGCUAGAAUCUCAGAACCAGUUGGUGGUAGACUUUCAUACAAGCCUCCUAUAUAUGAUAUUAAUGCACCAGACUUAUACAUUCCGCUCAUGGCCUUUGGCACCUAUCUUGUUCUUGCUGGUUUCUCACUUGGACUCUAUGGGAAGUUUUCUCCGGAAGCUCUGAACUGGCUUUUUGUGAAAGGAAUGGUUGGAUGGUUUAUGCAAGUCAUGCUGCUCAAGAUAACGUUGAUUUCACUGGGUAGUGGAGAAGUACCACUCUUGGAUAUUGUGGCAUACGCUGGAUAUGCUUACACUGGUCUCUGCUUAGCUGUUUUUGGCAAGAUCAUGUGGGGAUACUCUUACUAUGUUUUGAUUCCGUGGACCUGCUUAUGCACCGGUGUUUUCUUGGUGAAGACAAUGAAGCGAGUUCUCUUUGCUGAAGCUAGGAGUUAUGACUCAAGCAGGCAUCACUACCUCUUGAUCUUUGUAGCUUUAGCUCAGUUUCCUCUUUUGAUCUGGCUUGGUAACAUUAGUGUCAAUUGGCUCUUUUGA